AUGCGGUGCCUGGUGCUGGUCCUGCUCUGCCUCCGGCUCGGGGAGGGGAUAGUGAGGAUCCCCCUGAGGAAAGGCAGGUCCGUGCGGGAGGUGAUGAGAGAGAAGGGGGUGCCGGAGGGUUUGCUGAAGGACCUCAAAGGGGACCCCGGUAGGAAAUACCAACUCGUUAACGCUGUGGCUUAUGAACCGCUAACGAACUACCUGGAUUCCUUCUACUUCGGGGAGAUCAGCAUUGGGACCCCCCCACAAAAUUUCCUGGUGCUCUUUGACACCGGCUCUGCCAACCUGUGGGUGCCCUCCACCUACUGCCAGACUCCAGCCUGCGCGAAUCGCGCCAGGUUCAACCCCAGCCUGUCAUCCACCUUCUCGGGCAUCGGUGUGACCUACACCCUGAGCUACGGGUUCGGUGACCUGUUGGUGGCGUUAGGGUACGACACCGUGACAAUCCAGAACAUCAUCAUCAGGAACCAAGAGUUUGGCCUGAGCUUGGAUAAGCCCAGCAGACCCUUUUACUACUUGGACUUCGAUGGGAUUUUGGGCAUGGCUUACCCGGGCGUUGGCAUCGGCGGUUACAACACUCUGAUGCAGAACAUGCUGCAGCAGAGGCAGCUCGCCGAACCCAUCUUCAGCUUCUAUUACUCCAACCCGACCUACAGUUACGGCGGGGAAGUCAUCCUCGGAGGGGUUGACCCCCAGUUGUACUCCGGGGAGAUUUUAUGGGCUCCUGUGGUCCAGGAAUUGUACUGGAAGAUCGGGAUCGAGGAGUUCUCCAUCGGACCGUCGGCCACCGGCUGGUGCAGCCAAGGCUGUCACGGUAUUGUGGACACCGGGACGUUCCUGCUGACCGUCCCAGGACAAUUCAUGUCAGCCUUCCUGCAGGCGCUGGGCACGGAGGAGAGCGACUACGGGUUCGUCGUCGACUGCAGCAACAUCCCCAGCAUGCCCACCCUCUACUUCGCCAUCAGCGGAGCCCAGUUACCGCUGCCUCCCUCUGUCUACGUCUUAAACAACAACGGCGUCUGCACUGUUGGGGUCGAGAGCACGUACGUGCCCUCUGCCAGCGGCCAGCCGCUCUGGAUCCUCGGCAACCUCUUCCUCCGGCAGUAUUAUUCCAUCUUUGACAUGGCCAACAACAGAGUUGGCUUUGCCCUGUCAGCCUAG